AUGUCAUUGAAUCAAUUCUUGAACCAUUUAGAACAAAGUUAUGUAUACAAUGCUAUAGCUGACAAAUCCAAAGCCAAAUCAGAAGCAAUUUCUGCAAUUAAGAUACUAAAUCAAUUAGCUAAAACUAACAAAAACUCAACAGCUUUGAAAUCAUUAUCACAAUUUAUAUUAAAUUAUUAUGAAAGUCUAAAUCAAAAUAUAGCAUUAUCUGAAAAACUACUAUGGUUAUCAUCCAAGCUAGUUGUUGAUGGAGUUUUCUAUUAUCCUUUAGUUGAAUUUGAUACAAAUUUGGACUCUCGUAAUGUGAUAUUUUUUGACAAGAACAUUACGUUUCAAGACAAAGAUUCGUCGCUAACAACUUUACCAAAUGAUAUUAGUUUCAAUUUCAAACCAAUAGAAAGCAAUAAUUGGAGUGAUGAGAAGCUGAAUUUGAUGAACUUAUACCAAGAUUUAUUAGCAAAUUGUUCAUUCGUUUCCUCAUUUUUGGCGUUAGUUGCAGUUAAUCACCACAUUAUUUCAAUUAUAUCACCCCAUACUCCAUCAUCAUGUUGCAAAAUUACAUUAACUUUUAAUGGUUGUCGAAGAGUUGUUGAGAUUGAUAAUAGACUACCUUUGCUGCCUGAUUCUGAUCGUAAUUUGAUUUUAAAGUCUUUCAGUGAUUCAGAAUUGUACUGGCCAGCUUUCAUCGAAAAAGCUUAUUUGAAAGUGAUGGGUUAUGGAUAUUUAUUUAAAGGAUCAAAUAUGGCCAAUGAUACGUAUUUGUUGAGUGGAUGGAUACCAGAAAUUAUAAAAUUGAAAGAUGGGUCAAAAAUUAAAGAUUUUAAAGAUUUAUGGUAUUUGAAUCAAAAGGGAUUAGUCACGUUGGGUUUAGGUACUGGUAAAUUAAGUGAAACUAUUAGUAGUCAGUUAGGUUUGAUAGGUCAGCAUGAUUACCUAAUAGAAGAAUUUAACGAAGAUAGUAUAACUUUAAAAAAUCCGUGGGUUCAAGAUAAUUUAGCUUCAAGAAAUUUAAAAAUUGAUAACUUAGUCCAUUUUGGAUAUCUUUAUAUUAAUUGGAAACCUAAAAGCAAUAUUAACAAAUAUCAAGAGAAUUUUCUUUAUGUCAAGAAGGAACAAAUGAGUAUCAUUGAUGAGACCCAAUAUAGUGUAUCAUGUGAAAAAGAGACUUGGGUUUUAAUUGAGAGACAUUUACCGGUAAAUCAUGAUUUUUGGAUGAGGAUUAAUGUUUACUGUUCCAGUAACAAAGUCAUUUCACCAAUACAACAAAAGGAAUAUUCAAUGAUUGAGACAAAUAACAGACUUCAGUUAGUCAAACUAGAUCCAGGUUCAUAUACUAUACUCAUAUCAGCUAAUGAGUCAGCAAAAUUUUCAAUUAUUUCAUAUGGUUCAAUAAUUAUCAAGCUGACUUACUCUUAUGAUCAUUUACAAUUAAUUACAGGAGAAUGGGAUUCUGACAGUUGUGGUGGGAAUUGGAAAAUGUCAUCGUACAUUGAAAAUCCACAAUAUGAUUUGGUGGUGAAUGACCAAACUGAAUUAACAUUAAGUUUAUAUUCUCAACUACCGAUCAAUUUCCACUUAUUCCACUCGGAUAAAUCACAUGAAGGAUUUAGAAUAAGAACAUUUGAUCAUUCAAAAUUAAUACUGGAUGAAAAAUAUAAUUUGUUUUUUCAAUCAACUAAGCUUAUAUUAAGUCAGGGAUCAUAUAAAUUAGUUGUUUCAAACUUUGAUUGUCAAUUAGGACAAUAUAAAUUUUUGAUAAAUUCUUCCAAUGCAGUUACCUGCAAUAAAACACCGACCAAAUUGUCAUUGUUUAAUACUACAAGAACGUUUCUAUGGAACAAUACAAAUAGACAUAAGUUAUAUUUCACAACAGAUAAUCUAAACACUUCAAUAAUAUUCAAAAUAAAUCAUUUUAAUGAUCCGAAUGUUGAUUUCAAUAUAUGUACCGAUUAUAGACCAGCAAUGCGAGCUUCAGUAUUCAAUGGCUUAACAAAGCAACCAAUCUUAAUUAAUGAGGAAUUUAAUAAUGAUAUACUAUAUGGAUUAUUUGUUGAUUUGAAGCUAGAAAAUGUUGGUGAGUAUAUUUUGUUGAUUGAAAGAUUUGAAUCUGGGAUUGGUAAAUGUGUUGUUGAGAUUGCUAGUGAUAAAAAAGUUACAGUUACAUAA